AAUCAUUCUCCACACUCUCCCAUACAUCCGCUCCUUAUUGCGAACCAACCAAGAAAUAGGUGCUACCACUCACAAACUCUAUUCAACUAUUACUUCUGCGUUCCUUCCACAAUGCAGACUUCCACACAAUCGGAGCCUUUGGAAGAUCUAAAGGACAGCCAUGAACGAUCGAUGGCAACCAAUCAUCUUGAUGUCGAAGAAGAGCUAUCGUUCUAUGCAUCAUAUCAUUCGAACAAAACAAACCAAAUGAUUCACUUCUUUUGCAUUCCUCAAAUAUUAUGGACUUGGCUCAUUGUUGCCGCCCAUGUUACCUUACCAGAUGCAAAGCUGUUUACCUUAACUUGGGGUCUAGCUUUCCAACCUAGCCUCGCGCUAGCAUUCAUCACUUCCUAUAUGACGUAUUACACAUUGCUUGAUCCAAUUGGAGGUGUAACUUAUAUUCCAGUUGGGAGUCUACUUUACCUCACUGCCACAUAUCUUGCCACAUCGCCACCUUCUUGGCUUCCCCUGACAUCUCCUGUGGAACCGUCCGCCAUACCAUUUGCUCUCGCCAUCCACGGGCUAGCUUGGAUCGCGCAGUUUAUUGGACAUGGAGUCUUUGAACACAGGGCUCCCGCUUUAUUGGAUAAUCUUGUCCAGGCUCUCGUCCUUGCUCCUUUCUUUGUCCAUCUCGAAGCCUUGUUCGCGCUUUUCAACUACAAACCUGAUCUACACAAGAAGAUCAAGGCUAGAGCCGGGCUUCGGAUCAGCGAGAUGAACAGACAAAAGAGUCACAAAGCUGAGUGAAACUGAUCAUUAAACUGAAACUUGUCGAGUACUAGUAUUUUGUGAAAGAUUGAAGUGAACGAGUGUUAUGCACGACAUCCCUCCGUGGACAGCACAGAUGCUAUUAUGCUGAAUCUCUCAGUUAUUUAACACGUUCCGCCGUCAUUACUGUGCAGAUGUAUGGUUAGUCAAAAGCUAACAGUUGAUUGUCCGAUGAAUGAAUAUAUAACCCGACGUCCUCGAAUAGCGAGCAAUCAUAUGAUUAUCAAGUAUUGUAAAAGUACAAGGGAGAUGAUUGUCAAGUACUGGAAAGAUAAGAACGGAGAUAAUUUACUCAAAUUGUUCGGAUCAUUAUCUAUCCUGCUUGAUAUUACCAUAUGCUAUUACUACCUACCCAAAAAAGGACCACAGGUGCU